AUGGUUAGACUGGGUAUCAAAGUACAAUAUAGAAGUUGUGGGCGAAUUGAAGAUAUGUUGAAAGAAGUUAAAGCUAUAAGUAUAAUGCUGGUGGUCCAGUUUAUUUUCGCAGGAAUGUACAUUUUGUUUAAGCUAACGGUCGAUGAUGGUACAAAUCUCAGAAUCCUCGUGGCUUAUCGUCUCUCCUUCGCCACCAUUUCCAUGCUUCCCCUCGCCCUCAUCAUCCAGAGGGAUAAGCGGCCAGAAUUUACAUGGAGACUGCUCUUUCUAGCCUUUCUUUCGGGGAUGCUUGGAGCGGCGAUACCAAAUUUUCUCUAUUUGCCAGGACUUGCUCUUACAUCAGCUACCUUUUCGACUGCGGCCAGUAUCCUUGGUCCGUUGAUCACCUUGGUAUUGUCAGUCGCUUUUAGGAUAGAGACUCUUCGGCUGGGAACGAACGAAGGGAGGGCUAAGCUUGUGGGGACGUUGCUUGGUGCCGGUGGGGCUCUCGUAUUUGUAUUCUAUAAAGGUGUUGAGAUUCAUAUCUGGUCAACACACGUUGACUUACUUAAAAACUCGAACGCUGGUCAAUCUUCUGGCCAAGCCACUGAGAACCACCACAUCUCAAUUCCAGGAGUUCUUAUGGUUUUUGGAUGUAACGUUUCCUUCUCACUUUGGUUAAUAUUGCAGGCAAAAAUAGGCGAUCAACUUGGAGGAAGUUAUUGGAACGUAAGUCUGAUGAAUGCGAUGGGAAGCUUGGUUUGCAUGAUUGUUGCUCUCUGUUCAGAACGUAACUGGAAACAAUGGCGAUUAGGAUGGAACAUCAGCCUUCUUGCUACGGUUUAUUCGGGAGUUGUGGUCUCAGGAAUGGUCAUACCUCUUAUUGCUUGGUGCAUUAAAACAAAAGGACCGUUAUAUGUUACAAUGUUUAGCCCUAUAAGGCUUGUGAUCGUAGCCCUCGCCGGAUCAUUUGCUUUAGAGGAAACGCUUCAUUUGGGAAGUAUAAUUGGUGCUAUGAUAAUGGUGGGAGGUGUAUACCUAGUUAUAUGGUGUAAAAUGAAGGAAGCCAAGAGUGCCUCUACUGCAUUGGACCUCAUUGAAACAAACAAGAAUAUCAAAGAAGUGAACCUUGGCAAUCUCUCAGCAGUAAAUAAUAGAGAUGUCCCGUGAAACAACCAUAUAGCUGCAUCAUCAAAUAAAGUCCGUAGAAAUGGAAUAUAUACGGACUACUAGAUGGAGAAUUUGGACAAUGUCUUUGAUUUUUCACCCUGACUUCAAUAUUAAAACACUAUCUAUA